AUGCAGCGGGGCCGGCAGGAGGAGGAGGAGGAGCUGGACGACGAGGAGGAGGAGGAUGGGGAUGGCGGCCUGGAGAGCGCUCUGGAGAAGAGCCCGUUCCAGCUGACGGCCGCCGAUGUGUACGACAUCUCGGCCGUGGUGGGCCGGGACCUGCUGCAGCUCCGCGCCGGGCCCGAGCUCCCCGCCGCCCGCGCGCGGCUGCAGUUCAGGAUCGUGCGGGUGCUGGAGAUGCUGGAGGCGCUGGUGAGCGAGAGCAGCGUGGCCGAGGAGCAGCUGCGGCGGGAGCGGGACAGUCUGCGGCGGGAGCUGGAGCAGCUCCGGGCGGCGGCGGCCCCAGGCAGCGCCCCACAGAUCAGCCUUGGACCAGAUAAAAUGGUGAUCGACCUCACAGAUCCCAACCGGCCACGAUUCACGUUGCAGGAGCUCAAAGAUGUGUUGCAAGAGAGAAACCAGCUGAAAGCUCAGCUUCUGGUGGUGCAAGAGGAGCUACAGUGCUAUAAGAGUGGGAUCAUCUCACAGAGAAAGGACCAAACUGAAGAACUGGAAAAAGAAAGCAGUGGCAGCAGCGCUGGCACCAGCAAGGACAGUGAGAAGACAAUCAUCAAACGGCUGUUUUCUUUUAAACAUGGAAAAUGAGCAUCCUCAAGGACUCCUGCUAAGCACGGCACUGAUGAGGGAGGAGACAAGGGCUGGGAGAAGCAGCACCAUUCCUGCUGCAGAGAAUGAGCAACCUCAUCAAAAUUGUGUUGUAUAAUAUUCUUUCAGAAUAGUUUUUACUCUGCUUUUUCAGAAACUGUUUAAAACAGACACUUUUUGUAUUUCUUAGAUUCCUGUCAGAUAUUACCCACGUGUAGAAAUAAACCUUUAUACACAGGUGGGGUUUAUUCUUAUUAAAGGAGCCUGUGAUGAUCAGUAUAACAUAUUUACCCUGUCUAGCUAUCAAAGCACUCAGCCCAAGUGAUUUUGCAAGAUGGAGAUGAUAUUUAAGAGAUACAUGGCAUUCCCAAGUGGCUGUUUGGGGUUGAGAUGAAUGAUAGUGGAGAAGAGCACAGCAAGGGAAGGAAAGCUGCUGCCUCGUGCUCUGCCCACAUGAAGGUCUGAGGUGCAGAAAUGCUCAGACUGGAACAGAUGCACCAAACACCUCAUUUCUGACAGCUGAAGGGCUCCUGGGGAAGGCAGCUGUGUUUUGCAUAAGCUCUCUUCUUCCCAUCAACUGCCACAAGCUGUGUGUUGGCCCCAGUAAUGAGAUUUAUCACCAGUGGAAGGAUAUAGGGCAAACAGAGGAGUGGGAAAAGAAGCCUGAAAGACACCAGUUAGGUUCCCCAUUUAGAAAGGUAGAAUAUCCAGAGCAGAAAAGCCUGAAUAGACAUAAAAGGAGCAGUGACAGGUAUCAAACUCUGAUCUUACUCUCUUCAGAAGUGAAAGCAGGCUCCGAAGUCUUUUGAUUCCCUCUCACACACUGGCAGCAUGAGAAAUAUAGGACACUUCACACAACUGCUGGGAUGCACAAUGUGAGUGUGGCUCAGCAGAAGGCAGAGCUGCAGCCUCCCUUCAGAGUUCCUUGGCAACUGUGCAUGAGAAGGCACCACCACAGAGGUCUGACCUCAGCCACCUGGUAUAGGCAGGGUAUGAACUGCUGAAGUCAUUUUGCCAUCCUCAAAAUAUCAAUCUUAGCCAUGCCCUCAUGAUGUAUUUUGUAAAGCAGGGCAGCAGGGAAGGAGGUUACUGCAUUGCCUGAGCAGAGGCUUUGUGUUCAAAAAUAAAUAAAUAAUCACGAAUUAACAACAGCCAGGAUACACCUCUGAGCUGAAAAGAGAUGUGCUCUGAACUCCAUCCUCCUGUGGUUUAUCCAGGAAUGUAUUUUCCAAUCUCCUUCAAAAAGGGCAGUUUAGCUCCCAACCCAAGGACAUCUUGUAAGCACCGAGAAGUGCUUUACACCAUAUUAGAAGAUGAAAUCUUCCUAACAGGGACAGAGAUAAACAUCCAAAUGGCAGUUUCUGUGAGAAAUAUAUUGAUACCUCAGUUCCUAGGAAAGUCAAGGAUACAUAUGCAGUGCAACAUCAGCUUUAUUUCCAUCUGACCCAGUGCUACUCCAUUAUCAGUUAAGCCUUUCAGAGAAGACAACUUUGUUUUUAUGUAAAACAGGGAGAUCAUUCCCUUUUUUGUUUACAGAAGUGAUGCUGAAGAACAGAGGUUUUAAGCUAUUCAACCUGAUAAAGGACAAGUAAACGUUUAAAUAAAAUAAAAAGAAUCAUUUUACUCUAAUCUUGACUUAAGGGAAGUGCUCUAGUUUAAGGGAAUACUGUACACACUGCUGAGGUCUCUGCUACUGAGACCAGAGAAAAAUCAGUGCCAACUCAGCUAAGUUGGCCUUAUCUUACCUGAAACUCAGUACAUGGAAGGUAACAGGUCUCCAGUUACUCCUUCAGAAACGUGAACAUACCCAGGCUGGCUCUGCCGAGUUUGCCUUGUGUUAAGCAGUAAAUAUCAAGCAUUUAAUAGCUAAUGAUUUUCACAGCUUUCUUUCCAAUGCUCAUGAACUGCAAUGGAGACAGGUAGUAUAGCAGCCACUUCAUCAAUAAUAAAUAUAUUCUUUAUUUUACAGAGACAUUGUCUUCAAGUUUUUAAUUUAAAAAAUACAUCACUAAGCCACCUCUCUUGCUGCUGGAGCACACAACCAGGAUGUUGUUGCUAUCUGACCUAUCACAUAGGCAAGCAUAAGAUUGUCCUAGAGGGCAUUCAGCUGGAACAGCAGCAGCCUUCAAGACAUGAGGAAUAGAAGACAUUAACAGAGCCACAGAUUCCUUGCUGACAUCUUCCAGCAGCAAGUGUGGCUGAUGGCUCACAGCCAUUUUCAUCUACACACAUGCCAAG